AUGGGCGGUCAGGCGAGCAGACCAAACCGGAGCAGCAGCACGCGCCACCGUCCGCCGCCGCCGCUCGCAGCCGAGUCGCCAUCUCGGACAAUCUCCAACCCCAAUUUCAAUUCAAUUUCCAAUUCGAACCCCUCCGACGCCGAUAUAAGCUCGUACGAAGCCGCCUGCCGUUCCGAUCCCGAUCUCAGCUCCUUCGACGCCGCCAUUCACCGCCGCACCAGCGCCGCCAUCAACUCCAUCGCCGCCACCGUCGACGCGCGCUCCCUCUCCCUCGACUCCCUCCGGCAAGUCACCGAAACCCUCCUCGACACGAAUCAGGAAGUCGUGCGGAUCAUCCUCCAGAACAAAAAGGACAUUUGGAAAAACCCGGAAUUAUCGGAUCUCGUCGACGAUUACUUCGAGAACAGCCUCCUAACCCUAGAUUUCUGCACCGCCCUCGACGCGUGCCUCAAACGCGCCGCCCAUAUAGAGUCCGUCGUCAACAUCGCCCUCCGUAAAUUCGAACACGAACACCACAGCACCGCCACUCCCGAUAACAAUUACUCGUCAACUCUGGCGGAAUUGAGGAAUUUCAAUGCGGCGGCGGCGGCGGAUCCGUUCGGCGAGGAAUUUUUUAGUGUUUUCAAUUCUGUUUAUUCGAAGCAGAUUGUAAUGCUGGAGAGAUUGAAAUCGAAGAAAUCGAAACUCGAUAACAAAUUAGGUAAACUGAAAGCGUGGAAGAAGGUAUCGAAUGUGAUAUUCGUCGUCACAUUCGCCUCUGUUCUGAUAUGCUCGGUGGUGGCUGCCGCUCUCUCCGCCCCGCCGGUGGUAACCGCCCUGGCGGCGGCGGCGGCAGUUCCGCUAGGGUCGAUGGGGAGAUGGAUCAACUCGUUGUGGAAAACGUACGAGAAUGAUUUGAGGGGGCAGAGAGAGAUAAUCGGUUCGAUGCAGAUCGGGACUUUUAUAGUGAUUAAGGAUUUGGAAAGUAUAAGGGUGCUUGUGGAUAGGUUUCGAAUCAAGAUCGAGGGUUUAUUGGCCAAUGCUGAUUUCGGGACGAGCGUGGAGGAGGAGGAGGAGGGUGGGGCGGAGGUGGCGUUGGUGGCGGCGGUGGAGGAGAUUAGAAAGGGGGUGGGUGAUUUUAUAAAGACGAUACAUGAUUUGAGCGAGCAUGCGAAUAAGUGUAGUCACGAAACGAGAAUGGCGAGGACUUUGAUUUUGAGGAGGAUUAUUAAUCAUCCGAAGAAUGAUUCGAAUCGGGAUGUCGGUAUGUUUUCUUGA